AUGAGUGAUACUCAAUCACUUCCCCAGAUUCAGGACGAGCCUACGGAAUUAAGUUUCGUGGGCUCGGACAAUUCGCUCAGCCACUUCGAGGCCUUGUCCGCAGUGACAUACUCUCAGGGUGUGGAUCAGAGCCUCAUGGACUUAUGGCCGAACGAGAUCGUUUCUCUUGGCCCUUUGAUGGAUCAAGAGGAUGUCCUUGGCUUGGCUAUGGACUCCGGAACUCCAGCUGUGGACGACUUCUCUGGCCUUGACUUCGCAGCGCCGAUUAUCGGGAUGAAUUCUCAUCUCAGCGACGUCGAAGCAGCUCCCUUUGACCUUUCAUCCUCGCCUGUAUCUCUUCUCGAUCUUCCUGAAUCCGCAUAUGAGAGUGCGGGUUCUGUGUGCAGCCAGUCGAACGAUACAGUCCUUGACGCAUUCUCUCCUGUAGUUUUAGGAAGUGAUGGAACUCAGAUACAAUCUCUUGACCUCAUCUCUCCAGACUUUAGUUCUCCUCCUGCUGAGACCUCGACAGAUAAUAGUUCAGGUUCAGAAACGAGCAGCAAGGCAAGGUUCGAAGAAGAUACCGUCACUCGUCUGAAAAGUGACGAGUUUGCAAGAAAUGGAAUAUUCUUUUGCAACUGGCCCGAAUGCGACAAGUCCUUCGGCGAGAAUCGCAAGCGGAACAACCAUCUUCGAACUCAUACCAGACCUGUUCACUGUUCCUGGCCUGGCUGUAACUAUACAGAUGUUUGGCAGAAGGAUAUGAAACGUCACUACAAGACUCACCGCUCCCGAAAGACCUUCCAAUGUUUGUUAUGCAAUGAAUGGUUUACCCGGGAGUACAACUUGAGUCGACAUGAGCGGGAGGCACAUCGUGGAAAGAAGAGGGAGAGGAAGCGCCGUAGCUAG